GCCGCGAUGGGAUCGGGCGCGGGCUCGCCCUUUGGGGUCUUCCGGCUCCAGUGGCUGCUGUUGUUUGGCACGGUGGGCCCGGUCCUCGGUGGGGCUCGGCCAGGCUUUCAACAGACCUCACAUCUCUCUUCUUAUGAAAUUAUAACUCCUUGGAGAUUAACUAGAGAACGAAGAGAAGCCCCUAGGCCCUAUUCAGAACAGGUGUCUUAUAUCAUUCAAGCUGAAGGAAAAGAGCAUAUUAUUCACUUGGAAAGGAACAAUGACUUUUUACCCCGAGAUUUUGUAGUUUAUACCUACAACAAGGAAGGGGCUUUGAUCUCAGACCAUCCCGAUGUACAGAAUCAUUGUCAUUAUCGGGGCUAUGUGGAGGGAAUUUCUAAUUCAUCCAUUGCUCUCAGCGACUGCUUUGGACUCAGAGGAUUGCUGCAUAUAGAGAAUGUGAGUUACGGGAUCGAACCUCUGCAAAACAGCUCUCAUUUUGAGCACAUCUUUUAUCGAAUGGAUGAUGUCCACAAAGAGCCUCUGAAAUGUGGGGUUUCCAACAAGGACAUGGAGAAAGAAACCACAAACUAUGAAGAAGAAGAGCCUCUCAGCGUCACUCAGCUACUUCGAAGAAGAAGAGCUGUCCUGCCACAGACCCGAUAUGUGGAGCUGUUCAUUGUUGUAGACAAAGAAAGGUAUGACAUGAUGGGAAGAAAUCAGACUGCAGUGAGAGAGGAGAUGAUCCGUUUAGCAAACUACUUGGAUAGUAUGUAUAUUAUGUUGAAUAUUCGAAUUGUACUAGUUGGCCUAGAGAUUUGGACAAAUGGAAACCUGAUCAACAUAAUUGGAGGUGCGGGUGAUGUGUUGGGGAACUUUGUACAGUGGCGGGAAAAGUUUCUCAUAACACGUCGGAGACAUGACAGUGCACAGCUAGUUCUGAAGAAAGGUUUUGGUGGGACUGCGGGAAUGGCAUUUGUGGGAACAGUAUGUUCAAGGAGCCACGCAGGCGGGAUUAACGUGUUUGGGCAAAUCACAGUGGAGACGUUUGCAUCCAUUGUUGCUCAUGAGUUGGGUCAUAACCUUGGAAUGAAUCAUGAUGAUGGCAGAGAUUGUUUUUGUGGAGCAAAGAGCUGCAUCAUGAAUUCAGGAGCAUCAGGUUCCAGAAACUUUAGCAGUUGCAGUGCAGAGGACUUUGAGAAGUUAACUUUAAAUAAAGGAGGAAACUGCCUUCUUAAUAUUCCAAAGCCUGAUGAAGCCUAUAGUGCUCCUUUCUGUGGUAAUAAAUUGGUGGAUCCUGGGGAAGAGUGUGACUGUGGUACUCCAAAGGAGUGUGAAUCGGACCCUUGUUGUGAAGGAACUACUUGUAAACUUAAAUCAUCUGCCGAAUGUGCAUAUGGUGACUGCUGUAAAGACUGUUGGUUCCUUCCAGGAGGUACUUUGUGCCGAGGAAAAACCAACGAAUGUGAUGUUCCAGAAUAUUGCAAUGGUUCUUCUCAGUUCUGUCAGCCAGAUGUUUUUAUUCAGAAUGGAUAUCCUUGCCAGAAUAAUAAGGCCUAUUGUUACAAUGGCAUGUGCCAAUAUUAUGAUGCUCAGUGUCAAGUCAUUUUUGGCUCAAAAGCCAAGGCUGCCCCAAGAGAUUGUUUCAUUGAUGUGAAUUCUAAAGGUGACAGAUUUGGCAAUUGUGGUUUCUCUGGCAAUGAAUACAAGAAGUGUGCCACUGGGAAUGCAUUGUGUGGCAAGCUUCAGUGUGAGAAUGUACAAGACAUGCCUGUAUUUGGAAUCGUGCCUGCUAUUAUUCAGACUCCCAGUAAAGGCACCAAAUGUUGGGGUGUGGAUUUCCAGCUAGGAUCAGAUGUUCCAGAUCCUGGGAUGGUGAAUGAAGGCACAAGAUGUGACAAUGGAAAGAUCUGUAGAAACUUCCAGUGUGUAAAUGCUUCUGUUCUGAAUUAUGACUGUGAUAUUCAGAAAAAGUGUCAUGGACAUGGGGUAUGUAAUAGCAAUAAGAAUUGUCACUGUGAGAAUGGCUGGGCUCCCCCAAAUUGUGAGACUAAAGGAUACGGAGGAAGUGUGGACAGUGGACCUACAUACAAUGAAAAGAAUACUGCACUGAGAGAUGGACUUCUGGUAUUCUUCUUUCUAAUUGUUCCCCUUAUUGUAUGUGCUGCUUUUGUCUUCAUCAAGAGAGAUCAACUGUGGAGAAGCUACUUCCAAAAGAAGAGAUCACAAACAUAUGAAUCAGAUGGCAAAAAUCAAGCAAAAGCUUCUAGACAACCAGUGAGCGUUCCUCGACAUGUUUCUUCAGUGACUCCUCCCAGAGAAGCUCCUAUCUAUGCAAACAGAUUUCCAGUACCAACUUAUGCAGCCAAGCAGCCUCAGCAGUUCCCCUCAAGGCCACCUCCACCACAACCGAAAGUAUCAUCUCAGGGAAAUUUAAUUCCUGCUCGUCCUGCACCUGCACCUCCUUUAUAUAGUUCCCUCACUUGAAUUUUUUUUUUUUUUUUUUACCUUUACUUUUGCAGACAUCUUCAGGGAA